UUUCUUUCAAUCCCAUACUCUAUAUUUCUCUUUUUUAACUUCAUUUUCUUUAGGGGUGAGUUUAUCAGUAAGCUUUUAUCUGAUAAACAAACCAACAUUGUACUUAUAACACAUAACCCAUUUGUGUACAAACAAUAGAUCUGCACAGUGAAGUGAUUUUAACACACCCUUUUGAAUUUUAAGUUUGGGUUUUGAAUUUUGAGUGUCAAAAAUGAAGGUUAUUUUUGUGGGUUCUUUGGUUUUACUCGUUCUUGGUGUUCUUGUUCCUUUAGCAUUAGCUGGUCAUAAUUAUGGUGAUGCUUUGAGUAAGAGCUUUCUGUUUUAUGAAGCUCAAAGAUCUGGUUACCUUCCUCAUAAUCAAAGAGUUCAAUGGAGAGGAAAUUCUGGUCUCAAUGAUGGAAAAGCUAGUGGGAUUGAUUUGGUUGGAGGGUACUAUGAUGCUGGUGACAAUGUGAAAUUUGGUUUGCCAAUGGCAUUUACUAUUACAAUGUUGUCAUGGAGCAUUUUGGAGUAUGGUAGGCAAAUGGCUGCUAGUGGUGAACUUAGCAAUGCUAUGGAUGCUGUUAAGUGGGGUACUGAUUAUCUCCUUAAAGCUCACCCUGAACCUUAUGUUCUCUAUGGAGAGGUAGGAGAUGGUAAUACGGAUCAUUACUGUUGGCAAAGACCAGAAGAUAUGACCACAUCAAGAGCUGCUUAUAGAAUUGACCCGAACCAUCCCGGGUCGGAUCUUGCCGGAGAAACCGCUGCCGCCAUGGCCGCCGCUUCCAUCGUGUUCCGCCGUUACAACCCUGGUUAUGCUAAUGAGCUCCUUAACCAUGCCCAUCAGCUGUUCGAGUUUGCUGACAAAUAUAGGGGCAAAUAUGAUAGCAGCAUUACUGUGGCUCAAAAAUACUACCGAUCUGUCAGUGGAUACGCGGAUGAAUUACUAUGGGGAGCAGCAUGGUUGUACAAGGCAUCAAACAAUCAAUAUUACUUGAACUACUUGGGAAGAAAUGGUGAUGCACUUGGUGGAACUGGUUGGUCCAUGACUGAAUUUGGCUGGGAUGUCAAGUAUGCUGGUGUCCAAACUCUUGUUGCUCAGUUCUUGAUGUCUGGCAAAGCUGGUCACAAUGCACCUGUCUUUGAGAGGUACCAGCAGAAAGCAGAGAACUUUAUGUGUUCAUGUCUUGGAAAGGGUAACAGGAAUACCCAGAAGACUCCUGCUGGUCUCAUCUUCAGACAGAGAUGGAACAAUAUGCAAUUUGUCACAAGUGCUUCAUUCCUUGCCACUGUUUAUUCCGACUAUUUGUCCUCUGCUGGCAAAUCCCUCAAGUGUUCUUCUGGUUAUGUCUCUCCAAAUGAGCUCCUCUCGUUUGCCAAGUCACAGGUGGAUUACAUUCUUGGUGACAACCCAAGAGCCACAAGUUACAUGGUGGGAUAUGGAAACAAUUACCCAAGACAAGUACACCACAGAGCUUCUUCCAUUGUCUCUUAUAAAGUUAAUCCUACUUUUGUCACCUGCCGUGGAGGUUAUGCCACCUGGUAUAGCAGAAAGGCGAGCGACCCUAAUCUCCUCACUGGUGCACUUGUUGGUGGACCUGAUGCCUAUGACAACUUUGCUGAUCAAAGAGACAACUAUGAGCAAACUGAGCCUGCCACUUAUAACAAUGCCCCAUUGAUCGGUGUCUUGGCAAGACUUCACGCUGGUCACAGUGGUUACAAUCAGCUUCUCCCAGUUGUUCCUGGCCCAAAGCCAACUCCAAAGCCCGCUCCAAGACCAAAAGUAACUCCAGCUCCAAAGCCAAGAGUACUUCCAGUCCCAGCUAAUGCUCAUGUUGCUAUUACACAAAGGCCAACUAGUUCAUGGGCUCUGAAUGGGAAGACUUACUACAGAUACUCCGCAAUAGUAACCAACAAGUCCGGAAAGACGGUUAAGAACUUGAAGCUAUCUAUAGUCAAACUCUAUGGUCCUCUCUGGGGUCUCACAAAGUACGGUAACUCGUUCAUUUUCCCAUCUUGGCUCAACUCUUUGCCAGCUGGCAAAAGCCUCGAGUUCGUGUACAUUCACACUGCUUCACCUGCAAUCGUCUCGGUUUCAAGCUACACGCUAGUCUAAAAGACUUGAAGGAAAAAACAAGAAGUUACAAAAAGGAAGAGGAAAUGAAAUGCUCACACAUUUUUCUUGUGGUUCUAAUGUAAGAAUUGUGCAGCUAUACUACUACUACUACACGGCGAGGUCAAGGAAGUCCUUUUAUCGUUUCUUUUUCGUUUUUUUUCUCUCUCUGAAAGUUUGUCUGUAAGUUUCAACUACUUGUUGGUUUGCAGUUUGAGUAGGACUUUAGAUGACGACGUUUUAGGUUAAUAUCGUGGGAAGUCGGAGGAAGAAAGGAGUGAAGAGACGAGUUUAAACAAGUGCUCAUCCUCUUUCUCCUCCACUUUAUAUAUACAUAGUAUUGAGAAAGAAAGAGAGACACAGAAAAAGAGUGAAAGAGGUUGAGAAGCAAAGAAAGUUUUGCUCUUGGCUUCUCUAUAUUAAGUCUAAAGUCUUCAUUUUCCUUUUUAAUUGAAUGCAAGCUUGAAAUGUUUCUAUCAUUUUUGCUUUUCACUUUGGGUUGUGUGUUGUGAUGCUGUAAGCUUUGCAGUUUUUGUCUUCUGCCAUUGGUAUUCAUCUGUUCAAAGAGCAGUUAUUGUAUGGCAUUUUUGCCAUUCUAGCAACUUGUAAUACACCAUUACUGAUGAUAUACUAGAUUGUGGCUCUAA